AUGAAGUUCAUCACUGCUGCUGCCGUCAUGUUGGGCGUUGCCUCGGCCGCCCCCACUGCCACUAUUGAGAAGCGCGCUCAACAGUGCGGUCAAUGGGACAGCAAGGUCACCGGUGCCUACACUCUGUACCAAGACCUGUGGGGCAUCUCCGGCUACACUGGCUCCCAAUGCUCCGACAUCAACAGCCUGAGCGGAAGCACCCUCAACUGGUGGACCACCUGGUCAUGGGCCGGCGGCUCCAGCCAAGUAAAAUCCUACGCCAACGUCGUCACAAAGACCAACCCCGUCCAAAUCUCCAAAAUCAAGUCCCUGGCCACAAAAUGGACCUGGGUGCAAUCCGGCAGCAACGUCGUCGCCGACGUCGCCUACGACAUCUUCACCUCCUCCACCGCAGGCGGCAAGAAUGAAUUCGAAAUCAUGGUCUGGCUGGCCGCGCUCGGUGGCGCAGGUCCCAUCUCCGCAACGGGCAAACCCAUUGCUACCGUUACUGUUGCUGGCCACAGCUGGAAGUUGUGGUAUGGCAGCAAUGGUGUUAACGAGGUGUACUCGUUCACGCCCAACGGAAACAAUGUUGCUAGUUUCAGUGGUGAUUUGAUGGAUUUCUUUGCGUACUUGAUCAAGAGUCAGGGAUUCAAGGAUAGCCAGUACUUGAUUUCUGUUGGUGCUGGAACCGAGCCUUUCACCGGCUCUAACGCUAAGCUUACUUCUUCCUACAGCUUGGUUCCUGCUUACAAGUGA